AUGAAUCUUGCUAAUAAUUUAGAGGUUCGAAAGGAAAGACCAUCGAGAGUUACAAUUUAUAGGAGAAUAGGCAACGCGGAGAAUAUGAGAGAGUUACUCAACAACAAUGAAGUUACUGAUGAUACUGAGACUUCUCACUCAAUAAGUAGCAGUAAUCAUGAUCAAGUAGAUGCGAGGGAUGAUAUCAUUCACAGAUCAUCAUCAGUGUCAUCCUUGCAACAUGAAAAUGCAGAUGAUCAUCGUAUUGACGAUAAUCGACAUGAAGAUAAUAUUCCUAGAAUGUCACCAUCGUUGUCAUCAGAGCAGAAUUCAUGGAUUGAUGAGGAUUCAGAAGAAUUUUUUGGUACAGAUAUUGAAGAUGAUAUUAAUGAUGACGGAGAUAUUUUUCAUGAUUCAGAUGAUAAUAAUUACGAUUGGGUUAAUAACUUUGAAGCAGAUGACAUACCAGAAGAAAUAACAUUCGAAAAAUUAAGAAAUCUGUGUAAUAGUGAUGAAGGUAAUGCAAAAAUAGAGGGCUUAGUUGUAAGUAAAGUCGAAAUAUUAAUAGCUGUUUUAAAAUUUGGACUUGUGAACAAGCUUUGUCAAACUGCAAUAGCUGAUCUAUUUAAAAUGAUCAAUUGUUUUAUGGGGAAACGACUUUUACCGGAAAUAAGAUAUUUUAUCGAUCAAUUUUUUAACACACAAAGUGGAAUUGAAUUUCAUUCCGUUUGUCCACAUUGUAAAAGAUACAUUAAAAAAUUUAUCGUGAGACAGAUCGCGUAGUUACGUGUACUUUUUGUGAUCGGAGAAUUUUGUUGCGAGAUCCAACAUAUAAUUAUUAUUUUGCCACCUUUAAUGUUGAUAAUGAAAUAUGUUUAUUAAUAAAAGAGAAUUUUGAAUACUUACAGACUGUUUUAUAUAAAAGAUUAAGAAAUUAUGACGAUCUUGAAGAUUUUAGUGAUGGAACGUUUUAUAAAAACUUUAUUAAAUCAUUGCCAGUACACAAAAUAUUAAAUUCCGUAACAACAACGUUUAAUAGUGACGGUUCACCAGUUUUUGAAAGUUCUAAGUUUGCAAUGUGGCCAAUACAAAUGAUAGUUAACGAAGUGACAUUUAAAAUUAGAUAUAGUAAACCUAUUACACGCGGGAUAUGGUUUGGAAAGGAUAAACCGAAUAUGAAUAUUUUUUUAAAACCAUAUGUUACUUAUAUGAAUAAAAUGGCAAAUGAAGGCAUUGUAUUUAAAGUCAACGCUGUAGAGAAACGAUUUUAUGUUCAUGCGGUAUGCUGUUGUGUCGAUUCAGUGGCACGAUCUCCUAUGGUAGAGUUCGUUCAAUAUAAUGGAUAUUUUGGAUGCCAUUGGUGUUUACACCCAGGAGUGUACGUUCGCUCUAAUAGAGGUGGAUGCGUUAAAUAUAUUUUAUUAGAUGAGCAACCAUUAAAAAGAAACGAAAGAGAUACGUGGCAACAUAUGCAAUUAAGUACGCAAUCUGUAAAUCCUGUUUUUGGUGUUAAAAAACCGCCAAUACUAGUUAAUUUAAAUUCUUUUAAUGUGAUAUCUGGAUUUGUACCUGAUAGCAUGCACUGCAUCUGUUUGGGAAUAGCAGAACCGUUUUCAAAAUAUUGAUUUGAUACCAAUAAUAGGCCAUAUUCAUUGUCAAAUGCCGAUAUAAAUAUUAUUGAUGAAUUGGUUUUACAAAUAAAAGCUCCGAAUCAAAUCUCAAGAUUAUCUCGUUAUAUGAAAGAAAGAAAGUGGUUAAAAGUAAGGGAUUUAGAAAACUGGAUAUUAUACUACAGCCUACCAAUUCUUUUAUAUUUUCCGCAUAUGUUAGUUUAUGUAAAACAC